GGUCGUAAAUGCGAAACCCGACCCGAGAAGUCGGACCUUUUGUGCAGCUGCUCCAAUGCGCGCUGGCUGAACUUGUCUCGAGAUGCAAGCAGGGCUGAUGUUUCGGCAACCCGGUCGAAUUUUAAAGGAAUAAAGAAAAAGAAGCAAUGUGCACGCAACAUAUGGACAACGUUGGAAUGCAUCGAUGUACAAGACUGGUAAUGAGAGACAGCAGUUCAUAAAUAGAUAACGAUUGUUCCCUUCUUCACGCGCCUGGAAUAAAUCCGGAGUUUUCACUUAUCUGCUUACUAUUCGGCUUUCCGAUGUGGCAUCUUAAUGCCUGAACUUAAUGUAGAAUCCAAAACCCCUUGUAAAAAACAUGGUGAGAGGGGCUCUUGAAUCUGUUGGGGUUAACAAGCAACACCAGCAUGAACCACUCCAGCUAAGAUAUAUGAUGUGGAUGACUAUAAUGCACGUAUCAAUGAUGGAACAGCCGCAUUGACGAAAAUUCACCACACCCACCCUCCUCGGGCUGCUGCCAAUCAGCAUGCUGCGGAUACUGUCGCUCAAAUUUGGCCGCGUUUACCGAUGCGGCAAGUUCCUCUUCAUCGUAGCACUUUUUGUUAUCCUGCUGAUGAACACUCACAACCUUUUCGCCUCUUUCCAGAGGAACGAGCUUACAGACCGCAGAUUCAUCAGCCUCAACAAGUGUCCGGCCUGCUUCGGUACUAGCUGGUGCCGCAAGUUCAUGAACGGCCAGGUGACCUUUGAGACGUGGGGUCGCUUGCGCUUCCUAGACUUUUUCAAUGUAAAGAAUGUUUAUUAUGCUCAAUACGGAGAACCCAGGGAAGGAACCCGCAGGGUAGUGCUCAAACGCUUGGGCUCUAACCAGGAACUGGCAGAGAUUGAUCAGAAAAUAUGCAAAAGAGCCACUGGAAGACCUCGCUGCGAUCUUAUUCAGGGUAUUUACAAAACCGAGUUCGCCCGACUUAAUGGGGACGUGAGGCUUCUGACUCCUGAGGUGGUGGAGGGCUGGUCAGAUCUGGUGCACUGUCCUUCUCAGAGGCUUCUAGAUCGACUGGUCAGGAGGUACGCUGAGACCAAGGACUCUGGAAGCUUCCUGUUGAAGAACCUGAAGGACACGGAGCGAAUGCAGCUGCUAAUGACUUUGGCCUUUAACCCCGAGCCUCUUGUGCUGCAGAGUUUCCCCUCUGAUGAGGGCUGGCCGUUUGCCAAAUACCUGGGGGCCUGUGGCCGGAUGGUGGCAGUGAAUUACGUGGGUGAGGAGCUCUGGAGCUUCUACAAUGCACCCUGGGAGAAGAGAGUGGAUCUGGCCAAGCAGCUGAUGGACAUCGCCGAGCAGCUGACCAACAAUGAUUUUGACUUUGCCCUUUAUCUCCUGGACGUCAGCUUUGACAACUUUGCCGUCGGGCCCCGUGACGGCAAAGUCAUCGUCGUUGAUGCGGAAAACGUCAUUGUGGCGGACAAGAGAUUGAUAAAACAGAAUAAACCAGAGAACUAUGAUGUCUGGUACGAGAGCCGCUAUGAGGAAUGCGACAAAGAAGCCUGUCUCUCCUUCUCCAAGGACAUCCUCUGCUCGCGAGUCACCAUCGACCACAACUACUAUGCUAUCUGUCAGAACCUGCUCUCCAGAUUCGCCACCUGGCGGGGCACCACUGGUGGUCUCCUCCACGACCCCCCGCUUGAUAUAGCAAAAGAUGGGCACCUCAUUGCCCUCCUUGAUGAGUGCACGAGGCCUCAGAAACGUUACGGUCGCUUCCAGGCAGCUAAAGAACUGCGGGAGUACCUGACACAAAUCGCACAGCUGAGCAAUACAAACAGGUAGUGUUAAGAACAGGGGGCAGAGUUACCCCUAAAAACAAACAUCAGAUGUACUUUAAAGUUGGUUUACUAGAUUCAGGAACUCAAUUAUACACCUUUAAGGGAGCCUCUAUCAAAUUAUGGUGUCAAUCACUCCAGUUUUGGCUUGGUAAAAGAAGUUUGCACAUGAACAUGGAUAAAUGGGUCUUGUGAAAAUCAGCAGACUAGAGGCUGAGAAGCUGCUGUGAUCACGCUGUUGUGUGUAAAUGUGUAUGUAUGUGAGCUGAUUGUAAUGUCUUAUGUUUCAGUAAUGCCUCUGCCAUUGUAGGUACUGAGCUGGAUCCUCUAAUGCGGUUUAUGUUUAAUUUAUAAAUGGUGUUCUCUGAGAGCGCCGUGUGUAAGGGUUAUUACUGAAGGGACACAGGGAAGCUCGGUUUCUAUUUGUGUUUUGUUUCUAAGCUCUAUAUUCUAUUAGCCACCUGGUUCCUUUGCUGCAGGAAUGUUUUUCAAGUCUUAACUGAAUUUGAAAUUGUGCUUGAUCAAAUUACCCUCUGAUAAGAGGCAUAAUAUGACCAAGUCUCUCCUGUUACAAUGAACCUCCUUGGUGAGAGUUUGAUGCUUUGUGAAAAUCGGAAAUCAGUGUCAGUAAUGCUAGUUGGAUGACGUGAUUUUAAAAUACAAUGUAAAAAAUAAUAAUAAGAGGAAUAAAAAGUAUUUUAAACACUUCAGUAUGCAAGAAUAAAAAAUACCAAAGAUUGUCAUCAAUGGUGGGAUUAUUUUGUUCUUCUCCAAUGCUUUGACCAUGAUUAUUCGGUAGCACUUUACAAAUGGGUUGUAUGUAUUAACAUUAGUUAACGCAAUAAUGGACAUGACCGAACAAUAAAUACUUUUAAUGCAUUUAUUAAUUGUAGUUUUUGUGAACUAACAUUAAACAGAAUUUAAGGAAUAAUACUGGUUGAAUACAAGUUAAGCUUAAUCGAUAGCAUUUUUCAACUUAAAAAAUAAUAGUACUCGUAAUGCAAUUGCAAUAGAAGUUAAUGGGGCAAAUUCAUAAAUGUUAUAUUCAAAGUAUAGUCACAAGACAAAACAAUAUGCAUGCAAACAUGAUUUAAGUGUGAUUCAAUUGCUUAUUAACUUGAUCUUUGUAAAGUUAUAUCCAGUUUUUACAACUUUCUUGCCAUGACUUUAUGCCGUAAACUCUAAAAUGUCGAUUUAAGCAACUUUACAGCUUAAAUAAUCCACAAGUUUUAACAUAAGAUUUAAAUGGAAGUACUUUUAUAAAAAUAUAAGCUUCACAAUUCUGCCAUUUUAAACCCUCCAAAAAUUGCUCCCAUUCAUUUCCAUUGUAAAUGCAUUGCUGUAACCUCAAUAUUUGCUUUAUUAUUAUUUUUAUUAUUAUUAUUAUUGUAAGAAAAGGAUGGACGAGCCAAUGUAUUUUUUGUGGUAAUCAACAUUAUGUCACAAAUGCUCUCUAUUGAACAUUGAACCCAGAAUAUUUCUUUAAUAAAUGCUGUAAAAAUUGUUUGCUAAUGUUAAUAUAGGCAACCUUAUUGUAAACAUUACCAAAUUUUCAAUGGAAAACCACAAUCAAGCUCUUACAUUUCAUGUUUUCAUAACUUGUGUACAUGUUGUUGUUGUUUUUACUUUUCUCUUUUUGACCAAUGCAGUUUAAUCUCUUCAUACGCCGGUUACCAUGACAUACCCUCACCUACACUUGCACUGUAAUUAUGCAUCGAGUUUACAGAGAAGUUGCACUACAUUGACAAAGAUGAUAUUUACCCAUAAUCUUUAUAUUUGCCCUCUUAACAAUGGUGUAACUUUUAAAUAUGUUGCUGUGCAUAUAUUUUAAUGUCUGCUUGUUUUGCCCAACAAUUGAUCCACAACAUAAAAUUUCUUAUUUAGUUUGAAAAUAUUCUUAUAUUCCACCUUCAGUGCAAGUUUGAAAUCCUGAAUUUAUGUCAAAAGAGUUUAUUAUGCAUUUUCUGAAAGGAAGAAAUGUCUGCUUUCUGUACUUUUUUUGUCUGCAGAAGAGUCUGGUCUUACUGUGCCUUUCAUUCAAAAGUUGUAUUUUCGACUGGAU